UGUCGACCAGGACACCGGCCUCUUCAACGAAUUCUUGACCCUUUGGCGAUAUAGUUCUUUUGGAUGGAGCAACCCAUCUGAUGGAGAUCUCGUCUUACCUUCUAGAGACGUGGCUUCAACAUGUUACCUGAUGGUCCAUCUUGCCCUAUGUAACGAAUCUAGAUAUAUCUGGGCCGAAAAGAGGCUUUCUCCGUCUUCUCACAACACGAGUCCCGAACGCCCCUCUCGACCCUUCGCUUAUUUGUCUCGGUUAUUGAAGUCAGCAGACUGGGUUGAGCCCUGCACUUCAAGACGGCUUCCAGGGACAAACGUAAGGAAAUGCAGCGGCCACCUCGCAUACGACGAUCAGAAUACAGGGUCCAUGCAGCAACCCUUUGAUCCGCUUCACGACAAAAGUUCCUGUCUCAAGCCACAUAUGGGAAACGGGUUUCCUCUUUUAGAUUUCGAUUCCACGACAUAUGACAAACUUCGUUUCAUUGCAGCAAUGCUUUCGAUAGUACACAAUUAUGCGGAGGGCGAAUGCAGUGGAGGUACUAUGACUCGCGUCCAUGAGGUAAGAGCUGAUCACAUUAGGGAUGCCGCGGAUAAGGGAAAUUAUUGGA